AUGAAAAAAAUAAUAAUAAUUGCUUCUUUGAUAUUAGUUUUCGUGAACUCUGCAACAACAUUUACGGAUUAAGAUUUAAUGAUUUUGAUGGAAAGAUCAUAAAUUCGUGGAGACUAUUAGGAUAUUGUGAAUGAAAGAAGUGGAGCAUUAAUUUCAAAUGCUAGAGAAUUAACAUUCUACGGAGAUCAAUUAAAUAAUAGUCCUUUAAGAGAUGCUAUAUAUGAUAUUGUUGCUAAUAGUAAAGGAUAUGUUAAGUCACCUAUAUCUGGAAAAAUAUAACUUGACUUAAUGUAAUAUUAUGAAAUAAACACUGUUGUAAUAUGGUUUUAUGAUCUCUCAGCCAUCAUAUAUAAAUUUAAAUUAACAUUAGUCUACCCUGAUAACAGUUAAGCAGAAGUUUAUACUAAUGAUUCAGCAUCAGCCGGAAUUAUUAGAAUUACUUUUGAUGAUAGUUUUGUCAAGUCAAUAAUUAUCACUGAUACUUCAGGCACUUAACCCUUACAAGUCAUUAAGAUUCAAGCAUUUUAUGCAUUUUGAUUAAAAUAAUAACAUAUUCCAAAAU